AUGGAUGGAAACCAACUUGUAGUAACUUGUUCGAUUUCGCAGAAUAAAAAUUCUUUCAUCCCCACCUACGCUCUUAUUGAUACCGGAGCAUCAGGAUACGCUUUCAUUGACGAAUCUUUUGCACGCCACAACAAUCUUAUAAUGACCCCCCUUAAAAUACCUCGCCAUGUAGACGUUAUAGACGGAAGACCUAUCAAAUCAGGAAAAAUUACCCAUAUUGUCGAUGUCUCGCUAGACAUUCAUGGUCAUCAGGAAAUUGCGCCAUGUUUUGUAACGAAGUUAGGACACUAUCCAGUCGUAAUGGGGAUACCUUGGAUGCGACGUCAUGAUGUUACAAUUCGACCAAAAGAAAAUCUACUUAUUUUUGACUCUCGGAACUGUUGUCAACACUGUUCACUUAGUAGAACUGCGGUUAUUGCUUAUGGUAUCUCGAUUCCUUUACCGGAACACCAUACAGUUAUCGUUUCAGCAACCGAAAAAUCUACCAUCAACAUCGAAAAGUUAGUACCAAAGGAGUUUCAUCAUCGUCUCCAUAUGUUCAAAGAAUAUGACGCUUCAAUCCUUCCACCACAUCGACCGUCCCAUGAUAUUGAAAUAGUACUGGAAGAAGGUAAACGACCACCAUAUGGACCUAUAUAUGGAUUGUCUCAAAUCGAGUUGAAAGCACUACGGGAAUAUCUUGAUGAAAAUUUACCCAAAGGAUUCAUUCGGGCUAGUGAAUCACCAGCGGGAGCACCUAUACUGUUUGUGAAGAAAAGCGAUGGAACCCUUCGACUUUGUGUCGAUUAUCGAGGAUUAAAUGCAAUCACAAUCAAAAAUCGAUACCCGUUACCAUUGUUAAAGGAAACCCUAGCCAAGUUGUCAAGAGCACAAUACUAUACUAAGUUGGAUUUACGUUGGGGAUAUAAUCAGAUUAGAAUAGCGGAGGGGGAUGAGUGGAAGACGGCAUUCCGAACUCGAUAUGGACAUUUCGAACAUACAGUAAUGCCGUUUGGAUUAGCUAAUGCCCCUGCUACAUUUCAACAUUGGAUUAAUGAUAUCUUACGCCCCUAUCUCGACCAAUUCGUAACGGCAUAUUUAGACGAUAUCCUUAUCUACUCCGAAACUCUAUUAGAACAUAAGGAACACAUCCGAAAGGUUUUAAAGGUACUUGAUGAGAAUCAUGUUCACCUUAAACCUGAAAAAUAUGAAUUUAUGGUUCAAGAGACGAAAUAUCUUUGCUUAAUCCUUACCCCAAAUGGAAAUAGAAUGGACCCAAAGAAAGUUAUCGAUGUUUUGGAAUGGUCUACACCGACGAACCUUCAUGAUGUUCAAGUAUUUCUAGGAUUUGCAAAUUUCUAUCGACGAUUUAUUCUCGGAUAUUCGAAAAUUGUUGCUCCACUUACAGCCUUGACAAAGAAAAACGUUAAAUUCGAAUGGACGGAUGAUAGGGAGGAAGUAUUUCAAACUUUGAAAAAGAUGUUUACAACGGCACCGACACUAGUUCAUUUUGAUCCGGAUCGGAGGAUUGUAAUAGAAACCGAUGCAUCUGAUUAUGUUUCAGCAGGAAUCCUAUCUCAACGUGAUGAUAAAGGAAUCCUACAUCCAGUCGCUUUCUUUUCCAAAAAACAUUCUCCUGCAGAAUGCAACUAUGAAAUCUAUGAUAAGGAACUUUUGGCAAUUAUACGAUGCUUUGAAGAAUGGCGACAUCACCUGGAGGGAGCUCAAUUUCCAAUUGAAGUUUUUAGCGACCAUCGGAAUCUUGAAUAUUUUAUGACAACAAAACUAUUAAAUCGUCGACAAGCUCGUUGGUCUGAAUUCCUUUCACGCUUCGAUUUUGUUAUACAAUUUCGGCCAGGAAAACAAGGAGCGAAACCAGAUGCAUUGACUAGAAGGUCAGGUGACCUACCUAAAGAGGGGGAUGAACGGUUGACGCAUCAGAGUCAAGUGAUUUUGAAGCGAAAAAAUUUGAGUACAAAGCUAAGUUUGUUCGCGGGUUCUUUGUCAAAUGAAUCCGCUGAAGGAGCGUCCACUGUAGAGGAGUUAUUUUUAAAAGCUUACCAAGUUGAUAGUUUUCCAAACAAGAUCCUCACCAUGCUUCGGAAUGGCGUUCGCCACUCGAAUAAAAUUUCGCUUGCCGAAUGUACGGAAGACAACAACGGUCGGUUGCUUUAUCGAGGCGCACUAUAUGUACCAGAGGACAACGAUCUUCGGCUGAGGCUUCUAAAAGAACACCAUGACAAACUAUCGGCAGGACAUCCAGGUAGAGCGAAGACCUUAGAACUCCUAAGUCGAGAAUAUUAUUGGCCACAGAUGCGAAGAUACGUCGAUCAAUAUGUUAAAAAUUGCAAUGUGUGCAUCCGUAGUAAGGCGCCUCGAAAUGCACCCUAUGGGGUACUUCGUCCGAUGCCAAUACCUGAUGGACCGUGGACGGAUGUGUCAAUGGAUUUUGUUACCGAUCUUCCUGAGAGUGAGGGAUAUGAUGCAAUCUUGGUCGUGGUUGAUAGGUUAACCAAAAUGCGACAUUUGAUACCAACAACCAAAGAAGUGGAUUCGAGAGAAGUAGCGAGGCUAUGUAUCGAUAAUGUUUGGAAGCUACACGGACUACCAGAUACUAUUGUAUCAGAUCGAGGAACACAGUUCGUUGCAGAAUUCUGGAGGUCACUUUGUAACCGUCUAGAAAUAUUACCAAAAUUCUCUACCGCAUUUCAUCCUCAAACAGACGGACAAACGGAAAGAAUCAAUGCCAUAAUGGAACAGUACCUCCGAAGCUAUGUUUCCUACCAACAGGAUGAUUGGGCUCGAAUGUUACCAAUGGCUGAGUUUGCGACAAACAAUCAUGCCUCCGAAACAACAAAGGUCUCCCCGUUUUAUGCCAAUUUGGGAAGAAAUCCAAGAAUGACCUUUGGCCUUUUAGAACAUGGUAGGACCACUGCGGAGGACCAAGCUAAUAGCAUCGCACGGGAAAUGGAAGAGAUAGUGGGAUUUCUAAAAGACGAAAUGUUCCGAGCACAAAGAAUACAAGAAGAAUCCGCCAAUGCGAAUCGAACUCCAGCCCCUCGUUACAAUUUGGGAGAUAAAGUUUUCCUAUCGACACGUCAUAUUCUAACGAAGCGACCUUCUAAGAAAUUCGAUUGGAAACGUAUUGGACCCUAUAGUAUUAAACGGAUCGUUAAUCCCUAUGCUUACGAAUUGGAACUUCCCCGGUCGAUGAAAAUACAUCCAGUAUUUCAUGUCUCAUUAUUGUCUCCUGAAGCAGGUAAUCCUUUACCUGGACAACAACAGUCGCCACCACCUCCGGUUGAGAUCGAAGGAGAAGAAGAAUGGGAAGUCGAAGAUAUUUUGGAUUCGAGGAAACGAAGAGGAAGGUUUGAGUUCUUAGUACGAUAUAGAGGAUAUGAUGAAGCCUCCUGGCAACCACUAUCGGACCUUGAGCAUUCACCUGAUAUCGUUAAACGAUUCCACGAGCGCUAUCCAGAGAAGCCUAAGCCUACCAGGAGGUAG